CAGGCCCCUCCCCUCCCUUCCUGUCUGGGUCUCGGCUCUGGAGGAAGGUUCAUCCCGAGAGCCCAGAGAGGAGCGCCCGGUCUCAGCGCUGCUCCCACGGUGUCCAGCGCGCGCCAUGCAGCUCCUGGUCCUGCUGUGGGGCUGCCUGGUGCUCCCAGGUCUUGGAGCCCUGCAGGGCCCGAAGGAGAUCAGCGGGUUUGAGGGCGACACGGUGUCGCUGCAGUGCACCUACGACGAGGAGCAGCAAGAACUCCCCAAGUACUGGUGCCGAGAGGCCGGCUUUCUGCUAUCUCGCUGCUCCAACACCGUGUACGCGGCACAGGACGGCCAGGAGACGACCGUGGGCAGGGUGUCCGUCCGCGACAGCCCCCAGGAGCGCGUGCUCACCGUGACCUUGAGAAACCUCACCCUGCAGGACGCGGGGAUGUACUGGUGCGGGGCCAAGAGGCUGGGCUUCCACAAGACCUUCUCGGUCAAGCUGCUCGUCUUCAAAGGGCCCUGCUGUCCUCUCUCCCCCACUGCCUCCUCCCAGCCUCUGGUUACCUGGAGCCUGCAGCCCAAGGCAAAAGCUUGGCCAACCCAACCCCCAGAUCCGACUUCUGCUGGUCUCCACCCAACACUCACUACAGCCAAGCAGGGGAACACAGGGGCCAAAGCACCUCCGAUGGCAGGGACCACCCCGUGCGGGCACACAGCAGCCGCCCCGUACCCAGGAACCUCUCCGCCCGCAGGGACCGCUGCUCCCGCCAGGGGCUCCUCCCCAACUGUGCAGCUGCACGCCCCUUCUGCAGAGGACGCCAUGCCUGCCCCCAGCAGCGGCAGCUCCCAGCUCAGGGUGUCCAUCCCGACGGUCCGCAUGUUGGCCCCCUUCCUGGUGCUGCUGACCCUGCUGGUGGCCGCGGGCCUCAUCACCGUGGGCAGCCACCUGCUGCCAUGGAGAAAGGAAGCUCAGCCGGCCGCAGAGACGGAGAAGAGCAAGGGGACUCAGGUCUGCCUCUCGGCCUUGGCUCCGGAGGAAGAGACAGCCCCUUCCCAGGCCCCCGAGGGGCACAUGAUCCCAGCACCCACCCUCCGGAAGUCUGAGGAGGAGCUGGCCCUCUCCAAGUUCAUCUCGGGCUAGCUGCAGGACGCCCUCCUGGCCCGGCUGGCAGUGGCCAAGUGGCCGUGAAGUGAGCGGCUAGAUGGGCACCGCCACCAGCUCGGAGGCCAGCUACCCGGACUCCAGGGCUCUGCCCACCCUCCCAGCUGUCCUCCUGCGAUUGCAGCCCUGGAGCCACCAUGGGGGGGCCCACAGCACCAUGGGGAGACAGAGCCCUCCCCGCUAUGUUCCGGGCACACAGGCGGGGCUCAGCAAGUCUGUCGUUGCUCCAGGAAACCCUUAGGACCCAGCUCACUCCGCUCCAGAGCCCACUCCCUCCUCCCUCCCAGCAGACCAAAGUCUGCCAAACCCGCUGAGCCCAGCCCAGAGUCUGCCUAGCCCAGCCCAGAGUCUGCCUAGUGAGCCACGUGCAUGCAGCUCUUCAGAAAGCUACUCACAAAGCUCACUCCUGGGCCCCGGAAAGACCCACCCAGACCAUCUCCAGCACUGAGCCCAGGGCUCUCACGUGAACCUCCCCAGGUCCUCCCCAGGUCUCAAGCAGCUCCCCACAGGGACUGCUCUGCUCACAACCCUACCACCCAGAUGCAGGUCCGUGGGGCCCACCCAGGCCCAGAGUCAGGUGCACACUGGAAGGCGUGGGCCCAGGGCCGCCAGAAGCAGCUGCCUGUCCAUGCCGCCCACACCGGCCCUGCAUUCCUGGCCCCUUCCUUGUCCAGAAAGCGCUGGGACUGGAACCCGCAGCAGCUGGAAGCUCACCUUGCGUCUGGCCCCCAGGGAGAGGAGGGGGGAACAGGGGAGUGAGAGCAGCAGAACUAUUUUUUUAAUUUUUGUUAAAAAGUGAAAUGGUGACUGUGGCGGUGUCCUUGAGUAUACAGAACUUAGACAAA